AUGACAGGAAGUCAUCGAAUUGUUGAUCACACAACCUUCGCCGAGCUCCAGUGGAGUAGAGAUCCCUUUGCUCUAAAAUUCUUCAUCCUCCCUCCCGGCUUCCAAGAACACUCAAAAAUACUUGGUGAAAGCUUUUUAGAGAUAAUCAGGGACAUUUUCGCAUUGCAAUGCAUCCGAGACUCUGCAUUAUUCGGCCAUGAGAAUGCAAUAUCGAUGGCACGUAUCGAUAAUCAUCAAGCAUCGAUUCAGUCAAGACUGGUGAGCUUGCCGAAUCACUCAUCUAUCUCAGAGUGUUGCCACCUAGCAGCAUAUCUAUGCUCAACUAUGCUGCGCUGCAAAAUUUGGCGAACUUCAACUCUUCCGUCUCAUCUUUCAUUGCAACUGCUUUACAAGCUACAGGAUACUAACAGUGAUACUCUCUGGGAUACUUCGCCCGAUUUGCUAGCUUGGCUUUUACAUAUUGGGGGCGCCUUUGCUCCCGUGGGAUCUAUACGUACAGGGUACAUGGCGCUCGUGCAUUUAAACCACAAAAGGCUGAGAAAAUUGUAUACAUCUUGGUCGGGGCUGCUCGAAAUUUUCAAGAGAUUCAUUUGGUCCGAGAAAGCAUUUGCAUCUCAGAUUGAAUCAUUUUGGGAGGAAAGUUCUGUAACUAGGCCUCAAUAG